UAUAUGUCUUAUAUAUUAACUAAGCACCUUUACUAUUUGAAUAUGAUUACCGGUAAUACAGUUUUUCUCAAAUGCUAAAACACAAAAGCCAGUCCUCUAAACCAAAUGACCAAUUGUCUAAACACAUUUACUAAAUCUAGCCAUCAUUUGCCAAUAUCAUAAACACAUUUCACAUGAAGACACAAUUCACAAAACACAAUCCUCCAUUCUCAUAAAUCUAAACACAUUUUUCCUUGCUAAAACACAAGUUGCAAAAGAACUCUGCUCAUAUUCUCAAAUGAAAGCUCAUGUGAUGCAAAAUGCUUGCCACAGUCAGCAAUAUUUGAACACAGUGAACACACCUGGCGUCAUUAAUUACACACAACGGCUCAAAAUUGAAGACACUUGUUGCUAAUGCUGUGACCACAUGUAUAAAAGCAAGUUCAGAGUGCACAGUUUGCUGAAGAUUCCAAACAAACACAAUGGAUGAAGGCAGAGUCAGGGGAAGAGGAAUUCGAGUCAGAGGAGGGAGAGGAGCUGAUCAUGGAGGGAGAAGAGCUGGCCAUGGAAGAAGAGGAGCAGGCCAAUGAGGAUGUGGAGUUCAAAUCAGAGGAGGAAGAGGUGCAGGCCAACAAGGAAGAGGAGGCGGCCAACAAGGGAGAGGACAAGGUCCAGGAGGGAGAGGACAAGGUCCAGGAGGGAGAGCAAGACAACCUCGCACCAUCAUUAUGGACGAGAUGCGAGCAACAGUCAUUGACCAUGUCAUUGUCCAUGGCAUGACAAUGGCUGAAGCAGGACUAAGAGUCCGUCCAAACCUGAGUAGGUUCACCGUGGCCACCAUUAUCAGGGCAUUCAGACAACACAACAGAGUUGAAAGAAUGCCACAUAGAGGUGGGAGGGUUGCCAUAUUUACAGUGGCACAAGAAACCCUCAUUGUGGAUAUGGUUCGUGAGAACAACCUCAUCAGACUCCGGGAGAUCAGAGACAAAGUCAUUGCUGAUAAUGUCAACUUUGAGAGCAUUGAUGAUGUCAGCUUGGCCACAAUAGACCGAGUUCUCCGGCGCCAAAAGAUGCGGAUGAAACAGGUCUGUAGGGUUCCCUUUGAGUGCAACUCUGCGCGACACAAAGACCUACGUUACGAGUAUGUGCAAAGGAUAUUACAGUUGGACGCGAUGGCCAGACCUCAUGAGUACCUCUUCCUGGAUGAGGCUGGCUUCAACCUGCAGAAACGAAGGCAAAGAGGCCGUAACAUCAUUGGCCAAAGAGCCAUCACUGAGGUUCCUGGCCAACGGGGGGGUAAUACUACUCUUUGUGCGGCCAUGGGUUCGGAGGGGCUUGUCCACCGGCAUGCUGUCCUUGGGUCUUACAACACCCAACGUCUCCUCACCUUCCUAGAGGAGCUAAGAGACAUCCUCCUGGACCGCCAACACCACCAUCCUGGGCCCGCACAUCCCAUUUAGAGGAGUUCUUCUCAUCAUGGAGAUGGAAGGUUUAUGACAGACAACCAUACACUAGAGAGAACCUCCUAAGGGCAAUGGAGCUGGCCUGUGGUGACAUCCCAGUGGAGGCCUUCCAAGGAUGGAUGCGCCAUUCCAGGGCGUUUUUCCCGCGGUGCCUGGCAAGAGACAAUAUAGCCUGCGAUGUGGAUGAGGUGAUGCGGCCCGAUGCAGCUCAGCGACAUGAUGCCGCACAGUGAUUGUGGUGUGUGUGUGGUGUGAAUAAAGUAAAUAAAAAAACUUCACACCCUGAA